AUGAACGCCUACGAAAUGCAAUUCCACAUCCUCGGACGCAUUCUGAUGACUAGAGAUGACGACAUGAUCACCAAAACCAUCGAACAGCUCCUCAAUAAGGGUUACCCAUCAGUGGGGAUCCUCGAUAAAUGUAAUAUUCCAUUUCUGAUCUCAUACUAUGCACCAGAGAAUGUCUUUGCUCAACGACUUCUGAAUAUUCAUCAUAUGGCAAAAAGUAUUCAGAUGAAAAAGGAGUUGAGCUCAGUUUUGGAGAGUUUUGAGGCAGGAAUGGCCCAACGAUUCGAAGGAGAAAUUAUUCCAGACGAAUUCGUGAAUCUUUUGGCAUUGAUGACACAAUCCAAGGAGGAAGUUAUUGCUCGUCUCGCCUUCCGAACUCUCCACGAUUUUCCGAUUCCACUGGCGAUCGCUGCAUGGCUUCGCCUUCUGGCAAUUCUCUCAAUGCCUCGAUUGCCAGAAGCUGAAAGUCUCAGAUUGAAAAUGGAGAGAAACUUGAAUCGUAUUGACGAGGUUGAUGAUGGAAUUGAUAUGAGAAUUCCAGAAGAGAAUGUCCCACAAGUUGUUCAAUUUGUUCCACAAGUUCCGGAAGAUUCUGAUGAUGAUGAAGAAUCGGAAUCUGAAUCCGAUACUGAUACUGAAUCAGAAGCAGAUUCUGAAUCAGAUGAAUCCUUCCUUUCUCAAGAUUCUGCUUUUGGAGGAAUCGACGAAGUUUUGGAGGACAUCCGAGAAUACGAAGAGGAAAUGAUCGCGUUUGACUAUUCCCUCGGGGAGAUGAUUACGAGAAUAGUGAUCGAGGCUUUGCAGUCGAAAACGGAUGGGUUGAUUUUGGAAUACUUCGACUCCGAAUCCAAAGUUGAUGGAAAGAUUAGUGAUGUGAUGCUGGCAGUUUUGAUGACUUAUAUUACCGAGGAAGACGAUGAUUAUGCAUCCGAUGUUGCUGCUUUCCUUCUACAAAAAUCGGUCACUCUAUGCCAAUUUCGUAAUCAAAACGUUUAUGAUUAUCUGGAUAUGAUUAUAGAAAAAUCCGAAGAAGUUUACGAAUUGAUGGACAAAAUUGAAGACAUGAUGGAUGAGGAGGAAUAG